UCUCUCUCUCUCUUUCUCUCUCUCUUCAAUGUCUGUGAUAUUCCACUUUUACGCGUCAUAAUGCCAGCAGCGGGUUUGAAUUAUUGGAUAGAAACUACAUUGCAACACUGUCAGAACGCACUUGGAGUUAAUGCUCAAAUCUCUACCUGUCAUUUUUAUCGGAACUGGGAAGUUAAGGGAUUAGAAAGAUGCAAGGAGACUGUCUGUCUUGUCAGUGAUACUGACAUGGAAAACAAAACGGUUUUGUUGAUCAGCCUCAUCUUGUGAUAUUGGGCGGUGCCGGCACAGUGUGUGAUGGGGAGGUACGUCUGGUGGUUCUGUUUAAGAAUGUUGGUUCUCAACCUGAGUCCACGCUGCUCCGCCGUCAUCCUGGAGUCCAUCUACUGGAAUUCUUCAAACACUAAGUUCUCACCAGGACAGGGGCUGGUGCUGUUCCCUCAGAUAGGGGAUAAAAUGGACAUCGUGUGUCCCCGGGCGAGGCCAGGGGCGGCGUGGACGGAACCGGAGUACUACCGCGUUUACCUCGUGACCAGGGACCAGCUCCACAGCUGCAGCAUCAGCCGAUCGGACACCCCGUUGCUCAACUGUGACAAGCCGGACAGAGACGUGAAGUUCACCUUCAAGUUCCAGGAGUUCAGCCCUAAUCUCUGGGGCCUGGAGUUCCUCAAGGGAAGGGACUACUAUAUCACCUCGACCUCCACCAGCUCUCUACAGGGCCUGGACAACACUGAUGGAGGAGUGUGUCGAGCAUCCAUGAAGCUGGUACUGAGGGUAGGACAGAAGUCUCCUACCAGGUCCCCCCCUCAACACCCCCCAGACAAGGAGCCUCCCAUCAAAGACAAUGAUGUGACGAACAACGCCGAAAUCACUCACAGCGAAGGAGACAUUGACACAGAAGGCGGAGCUUCAUCCACAGAAGGCGGCGCCUCGUCAACAGAAGGCGGAUCCAUCGGCUCUGAGGUCGGACUCUUCGUAGGCGCGGCCUGCGGCAGCGUCCUCCUCCUAUUGGUCGUCGUGGUCCUACCGAUCGCGGCGUGGCGGUACCGCGCGCGCCACGCCACGCCGGACAGGGACGGCCACCAGCCUACCUCUCUGCCCCUCAACGCCCUGGGCGUCACGCCCAACAAGAGAGACGGCUACAGAGGAAGUAGCGACGACAGCAGGUCGGAGCCCAGCGACAUGGCGUUUCCUCCGAGACCCUCUGACUCCAUGUCCUGUAGACACUAUGACAGGGUCAGCGGAGACUACAGACAUCCUUUUUAUAUCGUACAGGAGAUGCCUCCACAGAGUCCCACUAAUAUAUACUACAAGGUCUGAGGGGGAAUCCUGCGGUUCUUCUUCUCACGGGAACGCGUCCGUCACGUACUUCGAAAAAUACUUGACUGUGUGAGCUCUUUAGAAAAGCACGCUCUGAGCUAUCUAGACAUUAUCAAGGCGGGGAAUCAAAACGGGUUUUUAUUUCCUUUUGAGAGAGAAUUGGAUAAAGGCACUAAAGACAGAGUGCAUUCUGGGGUUUUCACCCUGAGAAGGCAAAGAAAUAGGAACUGUGUCAUCUUUUUCAAUAAAAGACAUCCGUGGUUUUAGACUCAGAGCACAAUUUAGCAAAUGGAAACUUGAAUAAAUGUUUUUCACUGUGAAAGAUUUUGAAUAUAAUUUGUGUAAAAAAAAUGUUGUGAUAUGGUAUGUUGAUGUUAACUUAUGCUGAAAUGAAUGCUCCUUAAUAGUUUUUAGUGUCAUAACUGUCAGUCUGUCUCAGGAAACAAUGCCUCACUACUGAUGUCCAUCAAGUUUGUGUUU